GCUGUGCGUGUCUUGUGAGAGCUCUUGAACCAAGUCAGAGCUAGAGCUGGGCGGCUGGAAACGGCGGCCGCCGCCGGUGACUCAGGGAGGCAGGAGGCGGGGGAGGAGCCCUUCCUGCAGGCGUGAAAACCAUGGUGCUCACGCUGGGAGAAAGUUGGCCAGUAUUGGUGGGGAAGCGAUUCCUCAGUCUGUCCGCAGCCGACGGCAGCGACGGCGGCCACGACAGCUGGGACGUGGAGCGCGUCGCCGAGUGGCCCUGGCUGUCUGGGACCAUUCGAGCUGUCUCCCACACCGACGUUACCAAGAAGGACCUGAAGGUGUGUGUGGAGUUUGAUGGGGAAUCUUGGAGGAAGAGAAGAUGGAUAGAAGUCUACAGCCUUCUAAGGAGAGCAUUUUUAGUAGAGCAUAACUUGGUUUUGGCUGAACGAAAGUCUCCUGAAAUUUCUGAACGAGUUGUUCAGUGGCCUGCCAUAGUGUAUAAGUCUCUGUUGGACAAAGCUGGUUUGGGAUCCAUAACUUCUGUUCGCUUUCUAGGAGAUCAACAAAGAGCAUUUCUUUCUAAAGACCUUCUGAAGCCUAUACAGGAUGUAAACAAUCUUCGACUUUCCCUUAUGGAUAAUCAGAAUGUCAGUAAAGAAUUUCAAGCUUUGAUUGUGAAACAUUUGGAUGAAAGCCAUCUUUUACAAGGUGACAAAAACCUAGUUGGUUCAGAAGUAAAAAUUUAUAGCUUGGACCCAUCUACUCAGUGGUUUUCUGCAACCAUUGUAAAUGGAAACCCAGCAUCAAAAACUCUGCAAGUCAACUGUGAGGAGAUUCCAGCACUGAAAAUUGUCGAUCCAUCACUGAUUCAUGUUGAAGUUGUGCAUGAUAACUUUGUGACGUGUGGUAAUUCUACAAGAAUUGGAGCUGUAAAACGCAAGUCUUCUGAGAAUAAUGGAAGCCUAGUUUCCAAACAAGCAAAAUCUUGCUCUGAGGCCUCCCCCAGUAUGUGUCCUGUACAGUCUGUUCCCACAACAGUUUUUAAGGAGAUACUGCUUGGCUGUACUGCAGCAACUCCACCUAGUAAGGACCCAAGGCAGCAGAGCACUCCCCAGGCUGCCAACUCUCCACCUAAUCUUGGAGCAAAAAUUCCUCAAGGAUGUCAUAAACAGAUUUUACCAGAAGAACUUUCUUCCUGUCUCAAUACAAAGCCUGAAAUACUGAGAACAAAACCAGACGUCUGCAAAGUAGGAUUGCUGUCUUCAAAGUUCUCUCAGAUUGGAACGGGAGACUUAAAACCCCUUAGUGAACCAAAAGGUAGCUGUACCCAGCUGAAGACCAACACUGAUAAGGAAAACAAAUUGGAAUCUGUUUCUCAAUCAUCGACUGGCCUUCCUAGGGAGUGCUUACCUACAAAGCCUUCUACAGCAGACCUGGAAAUUGCCAGUACUCCUGAACUGCAGAAGCACCUAGAAUAUGCACCUUCUACAUCUGAUGUCCUUUCAAAUAAGCCAGAAGAGAAAGUAGGUGUCAAUAGUAAUAGCCCUAAUAGUUGUGUGGAAAAGAAGAUAGAACCUUCAACUUUAGGAUGCCAGUCACAGAAUUUGAAGGAAUCUUCAGUAAAAGUAGAUAAUGAAAGCUGUUGUACAAGAAGCAACAAUAAAAUCCAGAAUGCCCCCUCCCGGAAGUCGGUUUUGACAGACCCAGCCAAGCUCAGGAAGCUACAGCAGAGUGGUGAGGCCUUUGUGCAGGAUGACUCCUGUGUCAACAUCGUCGCCCAGCUGCCCAAGUGCAGGGAGUGUCGCUUGGACAGCCUCCGCAAGGAUAAGGAGCAGCAGAAAGACUCGCCUGUGUUUUGUCGCUUCUUUCACUUCAGGAGGUUACAGUUCAACAAACAUGGUGUGUUGCGGGUAGAAGGCUUCUUAACACCAAACAAGUACGACAGUGAAGCAAUUGGCUUAUGGUUGCCCUUAACCAAAAACGUUGUGGGGACUGAUUUGGACACUGCGAAGUAUAUCCUGGCCAACAUUGGAGACCACUUCUGUCAAAUGGUGAUUUCUGAAAAGGAAGCUAUGUCAACUAUUGAGCCACACAGACAGGUUGCUUGGAAGCGAGCUGUCAAAGGUGUUCGGGAAAUGUGUGAUGUGUGUGACACCACCAUCUUCAACCUGCACUGGGUGUGUCCUAGGUGUGGGUUUGGAGUGUGUGUGGAUUGCUACCGGAUGAAGAGGAAGAAUUGCCAACAAGGUGCUUCCUACAAGACUUUCUCUUGGCUGAGAUGUGUAAAGAGUCAGAUACAUGAACCAGAGAACCUAAUGCCUACACAGAUCAUUCCUGGGAAAGCCCUCUAUGAUGUUGGAGACAUUGUUCAUUCUGUGAGAGCAAAAUGGGGAAUAAAAGCAAAUUGUCCCUGUUCAAACAGGCAGUUCAAACUCUUUUCAAAGCCAGCCUCAAAGGAAGACAUAAAACAGACUUCUUUCGCUGGGGAAAAACCUACUCUUGGUGCCGUGUUCCAGCAGAAUCCCUUGGUGUUGGAGCCGGUGCCUGUGGCUGGGGAAGCCGCUUCCAAGCCAGCCAGUAGCAUGAAGCCUGCUUGUCCGGCCAGUACCUCUCCCUUAAACUGGCUGGCGGACCUGACCAGUGGGAAUGUCAACAAGGAAAACAAGGAAAAACAACCGACGAUGCCAAUUCUAAAGAAUGAAAUCAAAUGCCUUCCACCCCUCCCCCCUUUGAGCAAAUCCAGCACAGUCCUCCACACCUUUAACAGCACAAUUUUAACACCUGUCAGCAACAACAAUUCUGGUUUCCUCCGAAAUCUCUUGAAUUCCUCUACAGGAAAGACAGAAAAUGGACUGAAGAAUACACCAAAAAUCCUUGAUGACAUCUUUGCCUCUUUGGUGCAAAAUAAAACUUCCUCUGAUUUAUCUAAGAGGCCUCAAGGACUGACUAUUAAGCCCAGCAUUCUGGGCUUUGACACUCCUCACUAUUGGCUGUGUGAUAAUCGCUUGCUCUGCCUCCAGGAUCCCAACAACAAGAGCAACUGGAAUGUGUUUAGGGAGUGCUGGAAACAAGGGCAGCCCGUGAUGGUGUCAGGAGUGCAUCAUAAAUUGAACACUGACCUUUGGAAACCCGAAUCCUUCAGGAAAGAGUUUGGGAAUCAGGAAGUCGACCUAGUUAACUGUAGGACCAAUGAAAUCAUCACAGGAGCCACAGUAGGAGACUUCUGGGAUGGAUUUGAAGAUGUUCCAAACCGCUUGAAAAAUGAAAAAGAACCAAUGGUGUUGAAGCUUAAGGACUGGCCACCAGGAGAGGAUUUUAGAGAUAUGAUGCCUUCUAGGUUUGAUGAUCUGAUGGCCAAUAUUCCACUGCCUGAGUACACAAGGAGAGAUGGCAAACUAAACUUGGCCUCCAGGCUGCCAAACUACUUUGUGAGGCCAGAUCUCGGUCCCAAGAUGUAUAAUGCUUACGGAUUAAUUACUCCAGAAGACAGGAAAUACGGAACCACAAAUCUUCACUUAGACGUAUCUGAUGCAGCUAAUGUCAUGGUGUAUGUGGGAAUUCCCAAAGGACAGUGUGACCAAGAAGAAGAAGUCCUUAAAACCAUCCAAGAUGGAGAUUCUGAUGAACUCACAAUAAAACGAUUUAUUGAAGGAAAAGAGAAGCCAGGAGCCCUCUGGCACAUAUAUGCUGCGAAGGACACAGAGAAAAUACGAGAAUUCCUUAAAAAGGUAUCAGAAGAGCAAGGUCAAGAAAACCCAGCAGACCAUGAUCCCAUUCAUGAUCAGAGCUGGUACUUAGACCGAUCACUGAGAAAGCGUCUUCAUCAAGAGUAUGGAGUUCAAGGCUGGGCUAUUGUACAGUUUCUUGGGGAUGUGGUAUUUAUUCCAGCAGGAGCUCCACAUCAGGUUCAUAACUUAUACAGCUGUAUUAAAGUGGCUGAAGAUUUUGUUUCUCCAGAGCAUGUUAAACACUGUUUCUGGCUUACUCAGGAAUUCCGUUAUCUGUCACAGACUCAUACCAACCAUGAAGAUAAAUUACAGGUGAAGAAUGUUAUCUACCAUGCAGUGAAAGAUGCAGUUGCUAUGCUGAAAGCCAGUGAAUCCAGUUUUGGCAAACCCUAGGGGUCCCAGAGACGCCUUAACCCCUGUACAUUGGAAGUGAAUUCCUGGCAGCUGAUCAAACUCUUCAGGCAGGAUUCCUGUGGACUUUGAGAUUCAUGUUACCUCAGCUUCUUUUUUAAACUGUACCCAACUGGUAAGGGUACUCUGUCUGAUGUAUAUUUCUAGUGUUUACACACACUAAAUGUGUAUAUGUAGGAACUAUUUACAGAACAUGCAUCCUUAAACUGUGACUUUUCAACCUAGUGCAGAACUUCUACCAUAUUCUGUAAAAACAAAACCUCUUAUCCGCUCUGGAACAAUACCUGCAGUUACUCCCCAGCUGAGGGGUUGGACAGCUUAAUCAGAAUGGGUUUAUAACUAUUAGGAAUCACUGCGCAGUUUAUUUGGUUGUAUUUUGUUUUGUGUGUGUCUGAGUACUCUCUCCCUCAGCCUGUAGGGCUCAGGUGAGCGACGGAGGACGGAGGACGGAGGAAGUGACAGCUAAUGAUGCAGUUCCUGCUGUGUUGCAUUAGGACUGGCAUUAUAUAGCAGAAAUCAACUACUGUAUAAUUCUUGGGUUUAACCAUCUUUAUUUAGUCCAAUGGAGUUUUAAUUUAAAUGAAGCUUUGCUAAUUUUAAGUGUUAAGCAUUUUGCAUUAAAGUAUUCAUAUAAUAUUUUGACUCUACUUAUUGGCAUUGUUAUCCUCUGGUUGUAGGUUCAAUAGACUUUUCUCAAGUGUUACAAGUGUUAAGAGGUUGCUCCAGGAGCUCAUCUUAAAAGCAAAGAAAUUAGAUGCUAUAGUGAUUUGUGGUUAUUAUAAUGCUAACAUGGAAAUAAGUUUCUUCCCAGCCAAGUGGAAACCUUGUCACACCUCUACAAAGAAACAUCACCAAUUAGCUAAAUUCAGAGUGGAAGUUAACAACAACAAAAAAAACCAAAUAGUGACUGGUUAAAUGGUUCUUCUAAAAGGGUAUUUCAAAGAGAUCGAAAUACAUUGUCUUCUGGCCUUUCAUAAAGUAAGUUUACAAAGGAAAAGGAAAUUAUUAGAAGUUUUAGAAUAGUAGUAUCUAAAAUAGUCCUUUCUGAUGGAAGAAAUUCAUUAAAAAGCCACAUUUCUGUAUCUCCCUGAUUGUCUUAGACAGCUAUUGUUAUACUAAAUAAAAGGAAUGAAGUUGAAAUCAAGUAGUAGAGACAAAGCCUAGAGCCUGGGUUUUUUCCUAUGUGCCCAGGUAGGAGGUCAAAGAUCCCUGCCUAAUGCCAGCCCCCUCUUCAAGCCAACACCUGUAAAACAUAAAUUUCCUGGAAAAAAUAAGUAGACAUAUCUGCCCAUAUCAGUGGGAAACAUCUUCCCUGGGAAUUUAUCAGAAGCUCCUUUAUACAGGUUUGGCUCUCAAAUUGGCACUGCUACUUAGAAAUCUCCCUCAGCUGAAAUAGGAAAAUUGGGGUCCUCUGUAGAGGAAAUCAGCUUCAAGCCAGACCUCAAGGGAGUGACAGUUCCAAGACUGUUAUUCACAAUCAAAUAGAUUGGAACAACAAACAUGAAAACUGAAAGCCACCAUGAACAAGAGUCAGCAAGGACCUUCAGAUUGCCAUAUUAAACCUGCAGAGGUUUACAGACUGAAAUGAUCCAGUGUUAUUUUAUAUUCUGAAAUGUUAUCUCUGUUAAAAGAAAUGAGAGUAUAGGAAUAUGAAGAAUGUGGUUUCCAGAAAUGACAAGAUAUGGAAAGAAGCUAAAUAGAAUUUAUAGAAAUGAGACAUGAUGUUUAAAAUUAGAAACUUAGCAGAUGAGUUAAACAAAAAAAGUUCUUUUAUGAACUGGGAGAUUGGUAAAAAUACAGAAUACAGCAUUGAACAACAGGAUUCUAUAAAGAGGUGUUAACUGAUAAGCAGAAUGCCAAAAAAUACAGAUUUGGUAAUCAGGGACUGAAAGCCGAGAGGGAUGGGCGUGGGGGAUGCUGUCCAGAGACAGAGUUUCCCGGUACUCAUAAAGUCAUCAGAUUGGAGAAGCCUAUCUAAAUCAAGCAAAGUAAAUAAAAAAUCCACAUAUAAUAAAUUACAAGAAAGGCAACUAGAGUAGGGAAAACAUGAUCCUCAAAGAAGUGACAGACUAACAGGUGACUUCUCCACAUCAACAGUGCAGGUCAGAAGAAAGUAAACGCUGUUCUCACUGUGCUGAAGACCGGAGCCCGAAACAGCAACACAGACACAGCCAAAUUCUUUCCCUGUUCUUUAUGGAAACUUUCAGACAAAAAUCAGGGUUUAUUUUCAGGCCCUUACUGAAGGAAGUUUUAAGGGUAUCCUUAGGAAAGAAAACCCACAGCAUGCAAGAGAAAAUGGAGGACAAGGGAAAUUACAAACUCCUGGAUACAUUGAAGCAAUAGUAGCAUUAAUAUUUUUAAAAGGAUAAUUUUUCUUAAAAAGUUAAACAGAAUUAUGAUUCAGCAACUCCACUCCUAGGUUUACUCAAAAGGAUUGAAAGCAAGGAUUCAGAUACCUGUACACACGUGUUCAUAGCAGCGUUACUCAAAAGACCCAGCCCAAGAGUCCAUCCCAGAUGCAGGGAUAAACAAGAUGUGGCAUAUACAUACAAUGGAGCAUUUUUCGGUCUUAAA